AUGAGCCGCUUCACCUCCCACCAGCAGAUCUGCGGCGCGACUGUGGCCUCUCGAUCCCGCCCAUACAAUGAAUGGUUCAUAGACCUCGACUCCAGCGGAACAGGACUGGGCAUAUGCCAACGACUCAUUGACGAUUUCAUUCAGGUCAAGCCUGUUACCGAUCGUCUUACGAUCAUUUUCACAACGAGAAGCGCGAGUAAAGCCGCUGCUACCCUUCGCAAUCUCCAAGUUCGACUGAAAGUGCGCUAUGCCGAUGAUAUCCAUCGAUUUACUCUCUCACCCGAAAGUGUCGAUCUGUCCGAUCUACGCUCCGUUCGUGCACUCGCACAGAAGCUGCUAGCCUCAGACAUUCCCUGUAUUGAUGCGCUUGUCCUCAAUGCUGGGAUUGGCGGAUGGAGCGGCUUGAAUUGGGGGCUGGCUGUUCGCACCAUACUAUAUGACCUGAGAAGAGCGACAACGUGGCCAACAUUCAAGCUGAGCUAUGUCGGCACCGUCACAAAACCACAGCUCCCUCCAAUACACGGCCAAAAUGCGGAUGAGCCGCCAUUGGCUGAGGUGUUCUGCGCAAAUGUUUUCGGCCACUACAUGCUUGCCCAUUGGCUGACGCCAUUGCUUUGGUCUUGUAAUUCAGUUCGGCCAGCACGAAUCCUCUGGAUGGGCUCACUAGGAGGCCAACCUGAAGAUUUUAGGAUAGAUGAUUUCCAAGGCUUCAAGGCGCAAUCGCCCUACGAGCACACCAAGUGGAUCACCGACCAUAUGGCUCUGACCGCCCAGAAUGAGCCGGCGACCGAGCGAUACGUGAAGUCAUUCCUCGAUCCGACGACGUCGACGCUGGCACCAAACCAGGACCGACCCCGGAAUGAACGUCCCUCCAUCCGCGUGAUUCAUCCCGGCAUCGUACAUACUGCAAUCAUUGAUCUGCCAUGGAUCUUGAUGCAGGGCUACGCUCUGGUGGUCAUCCUGGCACGAUGGCUCGGCUCGCCGUGGGCGACUGCGACAUCAUAUGUCGCUGCCAUCUCAGCCGUCUCGCUGGCGCUAGCUCCGCAUAAGCAGCUCAUGGAGAUGGAGGAGGACGAAGGAGGCAAAGCCAUCAAGUGGGGAAGUGCAGUCAACAGAUGGGGUACAGCUAGGGUCGAGACAUCCGAAGUUGUUGGAUGGGGCAUCAACGGCUCAGGCAAGCCAUACUCAGCUACAUGGUGGGGAGGCCCAGCUUGGUGGAUGGGAGGAUACGUUGGGCGGAAUCAUGGAGCAAAGGACGCCACUAAGGAAGACGUUGAGAACUUCGUCGUCCAAAGCGCUCAGGUGUGGAAGAAACUCGAGGAACUGCGAGUAGAAUGGGAGCAUAGACUAGAAGACUAUGACAAGAAAGUCAGUCAUGAGAAUGGGAGCUUAGGUUAG